AUGGAAGGGUUCAGCGAGGAAGAGAUCGCAAGAGCUGUUGACUUCUGCGACAACGACAAGAUCAAGACCAUCAAGUACUUACAGAAGAUGAAGAGCAAGAGCGGAGCCACAAGUUGGAAGUCUCAGCUCGAGGCGAAGAUGCAAGAAAUCGACCCCAAGAUCCGCGAGCUGUGCAAGAAGCUCCUGGCCUACGACAACGUUCCCACCAAGCAGAAGGCGUUUGUCAACUUCGCCAAGAACUCUCUUGCGUUGCAGCGCCAGCCUCAGCUGGCCGAGAAGAUGUGGGAAGUUGUUGGAGAUCUGCUGAAGAAACCGACAGCUCAGCCGCAAUCUGCAGCUGAAAAGGAGGAGAAGGAGGACGAUGAGGUGAAGGAGAAGAAGGAGAAGAAGGAGAAGAAGAAGAAGGAGUCAGAGGCCGUGGAGGAGGAAGAGGAUGGAGAGAAGGAGAAGAAGAAGAAGAAGAAGAAGGACAAGAAGAAGGACGAGGACUCUUCCAAGUCUGAUGAAGAUGUCGAGGAAGAAACAAAGAGCAAGAAAUCCAAGUCCGAAAAGAACGACGAUGAGGACGACAGCAGCAGCAGCAAGAAGAAGAAGAAGGAAAAGAAGAAGGAGGCGAAGGAGAGCAAGACAGACGACAUGGAGCUUGAUGAAGACGAUGAAAAGAGCAAGAAGAAGCCAAAGAAGAAGGACGAGAAGGAGAAGGGAAAGAGCAAGGAGGAGGAGCAGGAGGAAGAGGAGGACGAGGAGAUGGAAGACAAGAAGAAGAAGAAGAAAGACAAGAAGAGGAAGCGCGAGGAAAAGGAGGAGGAGGAGGAAACGAAGAAGGAGAAAUCAAGUGAAGAAGGAGAUGGAAAGAAGAAGAAGAAGAAGAAGCAAGAAGCUAAGGAGGAGGAGAAGGAGGAGAAGGAGGAGGAGGAGGAGGAGAAGCCCCGCAAGACCAGCGGCUUCGACUUCUAUAAGGAGAAGAAGGGAGUGAAGAAGAUGGGGAAGGAAGAGGUCGAUUCUUUCCGAGAAUCUGUCAAUCUGAAGGUUGAGAACUGCGAUCUCAAUCCCAUCCUCUCCUUCGACAACCUCCCUGUCAUCCCCGAACUCCUUGAGUGCUGCGCCAAGUUCGACAAGCCCACUGCUAUCCAGUCUCAGUGCUGGCCUGUCUGUCUUUCUGGUCGCGAUCUCGUCGGCAUCGCAGCCACUGGCUCCGGCAAAACUCUCGCCUUCGGUCUCCCGGGCUUGACCCACAUCCUCUCCCUCCACCAAGCCAAAGCCCCCCACACUUCUAUGCUCGUCCUCGCCCCAACCCGCGAGCUCGCCAUGCAGGUCCUGGUGGCAACUCCUGGCCGCCUGCUGGACUUUAUGGACGAGGGUGUCAUCGAGCUGGGAAAGGUCACGUUCCUCGUGCUGGACGAGGCAGACAGGAUGGUGGACGUUGGGUUCGAGAAGGAGGUGAGAAAGAUCAUCGGAGCCUGCGCGAAGAAACGCCAGACGGUCAUGUACUCAGCUACCUGGCCCCAGAGCAUCCAGAAGAUCGCAGCUGAGUUCCUGUCCAACCCUGCCAGAGUGACGGUCGGGUCGGAGGACCUCGCGGCCAAUCACAGGGUGAAGCAGAUCGUCGAGGUGUUGGAGCCGGCAGCCAAGGACAGGCGGCUGCUGGAGGUCCUCAAGAAGUACCACAGCGGCAAGAACCGCAUCAUCAUCUUCGCCCUGUACAAAAAGGAGUGCGACCGCGUCCACUCCCUCGUGGAGUCCAAGACGAGCUUUAAGGUCGGGGCCAUCCAUGGCGACAGGGGGCAGGAGGCUCGCACGGCAGCGAUCGAGGCCUUCAAGGCCGGUACAGUGCCUCUGCUCAUUGCCACGGACGUUGCUGCUCGAGGGCUCGACAUCCCCGACGUCGAGUACGUGAUCAACUACACGUUCCCGCUCACGACCGAGGACUACGUGCAUCGCAUCGGUCGAACGGGACGAGCAGGGAAGGAAGGCGUCUCCCACACCUUCUUUACCAGCUUCGACAAGGCAAGAGCCGGCGAGCUCUGCAACGUCCUGAGGGAGGCCGGACAGGAAGUGCCCGAGGCUCUCACCAAGUUCGGUACGCACGUGAAGAAGAAGGAGCACAAGCUGUUCGGCGCGCACUUCAAGGAUGUCGACCUGAACCAGAAAGCGACCAAGAUGAAGUUUGACUCUGACUCAGAGUAA